AUGAAUUUAGAAUACCCAUGGGAUGUAUAGAAAAUUAAAUUCAAGAACAUUUAGGUUUUUAGAAGUCAUUAAAAAGAUGUAAUAGUGUAAAAUUACUUAGAAAUAUAUAUUAAUUGGCAAUCAUACUCUAACAUAAUAAUUUUGCAUUCUAUAUCUAAACAUUCAAAAAGGACCGGAUCUUUAUUAAAAAGAACUUAAAUAAUAUAUUUAUGAAGAAGAACGAUCUUUUGAAAGUUUGGAGGAUGCAAAAUAAUAUUUAAAUAAAUAUAAUAUGACAUAUCUUUAUACAGUAUCAGGAAUAAUUGGGUUUAUAAAGUUUGUGUAAGGAUAUUAUGUAAUGUUCAUAAAGAGACGUAAAUCAAUAGCUAAAUUGGGAAAACAUAAGAUCUUUACAAUAGAAGAACGAUCAAUAGUGGAACUAUUUGAUGGACAAUAUUCAUAAGUAGAAUCAAAAUAUAAAAAAUUAUUCUAAGAUUACGAUUUAGAAAUAGGAUUUUAUAGUAGUUAUACUUAUGAUGUAACAAGUACACUCUCAAAAAAUAUAAUUCCUUCAGAUGAUGUUCAGAACAAAAAUUAAAAACAUCAUAAAAUAGGAUAAUAUCGAAAUUUAUUUAUGUGGAAUCAUUAUCUUUUAACAGAGUUUGAUAAAAUCAUAAAAGAUAAAAGAUGGGUGAUUCCAAUAAUUCAUGGUUAUUGUGAAUAAAGUACAAUAAAAACAGUUGCUAAUUAUUUUAGUAUAACUUUAUUAGCUCGAAGAUCAAUAAAACAUGCAGGUGCUCGUUAUUUAACAAGAGGUAUAAAUGAAUAAGGUUAUGUUGCAAAUUUUGUAGAGACAGAAUAAAUAGUUAUAGAAUUAGAUAAAUCAACAUGUUAAAGACCUGCUUGUUCUUCAUUUAUAUAAAUAAGAGGUUCUGCUCCUGUUUAUUGGUAUUAAGAACCAAAAAUGUAUUUAUUUAAAUUACCAAUAAAAAUACAUCAAAGUGAUCCUUAUUUAUAUGCUACUAAGAAACAUAUAUGUGAUUUGAUUUCCUCAUAUGGUAGAUCAAUAUAUAUGGUUAAUUUGGUUAAAUAGAAUGAACAUAAUAAAAGAGAACAAGUACUUGCUGAAGAAUAUUUUGCAGCUAUUAAUACUGUUAAGGAAGAAAUGUAGAAUUAAACAGAAAUAGAAUUAGGAUAUUUAGGUUUUGAUAUGAAAGCAUAACUAAAAUAAGAUAAGGAAGAAUUUGUUAAUAAAUGUUAUUCAUUAGCAUAUUAUUGUAUUAUGAAAACUGGAGUAUUUCUAUUUGUAAAAGAACCUAAAUGUAAUGAAAAUGUUAUUAUUGAAAUAUAAAAUGGAGUUGUUAGAUCAAAUUGUGUAGAUUGUUUAGAUCGAACAAAUGCAUUUUAACAAUUAAUUGGUGAAAUGGCACUUGGUAUUUAAUUAGCUAAAAUUAAUCAAAGUAGUUUAAAAUUUAAUUUACUUUUAUUAAAUGAAUCUAUUUUAUAAGAGUUUAGAGAGAUGUAUGAAUAAUUAGGUGAUUUUGUAUCAUAAUAAUAUGGUAGUUCUUUGGCUCAUAAAUAAAACAUAGGUUAAAAAUCUAAAAGAAUAGAAUUGUUUACAUCACUUAAAAGACAUUAUAAUAAUAAUAUAGAAGAUCCUUAAAAACAGAACUAAAUAGAUUUAUUUUUAGGAAUACAUCGUCCUAUUCCUGAUGGACCGUUUAUAGGUGAAUAUAUGAAUAUAUGGUUAUUUCCAGAUACUAAAUAUUUAUAAUAAUAUACUUAACAUAAAUAAUGGUGGGUUAAUCCUUAUUUAGAAUUUCAGUAGAAAUCUUUAAUUGAUGAAAUAAGUAGAAGAUGUAAAGAAGCUUGUUAAUCAGCUAAGAAAGAUUAAAAAGCUAAAAUUUAAAGAAAAUAAACAACAAUAUUUAAUUUUGAUAUCAUUGAAAAAAUGAAAUAUAAAACAAAUUAAAAAUAAAAAGGUAAAAAUGUUUUUAUUUUAUCCUCACCUUAUACAAAAGUUAGAGAUAAACAUCCAGAUUAUGUAUCAAAGCCAUUUAAUUUAGAAGAAAAACUUAAGAAACCUUAUUAUGAUGUGAUUUAAAUUUAUGAAACAGAAUAAAAAAAUGAUUCUCCAUGUGGAUCACAUUAAUCUUCACCAAAAUAAAAUCCUUAAAAUUAAAGAACUAGAUUCUCACUUUUAAAAGGAGAUGAAAUUCUUGAAAUCCAAAAAUAUACUAGAAUAAAAACAUUUGAAGAAUUAACGGAUGAAGCAAAUCAAAUAAGAAAAUAUUUAAAAUAUAAUUUAUCUUCAGAUGAUGAAGAAAAACUAAGAAGUAAUUUAAAGAGAUAUUUAAAUGGUGAAUAAUCCAAAGAAUUAAUAGUUCCAACAGAUAAGAAUACAGAUAUUUAAAAAUAAUAAUAUAGUGAAGUGAAAUAAUCUAUUGCUCAUUCAGAGACAGUUUAAGGUGUAUCAACAUAGUAAGCUAAAAAGAUACCAGUUGAAUAGAAAUCUGUAAAAUUUUUAGAAUCCUUGUUAAAAAAGAAUUUUGCUUAAUCACAGAAGCUAAAAAUAAAUAAAAUAUGAAU